AUGUCUGGAAAGUACCAGCCAGCGCCUCAGCGCGACUCCCUCGAUGACAACACCGCCCACUACUCCCAAGCACCUCCAUCUUACGUCGACCAGCAAUCCAGCUCGAUGGACCAAGCGGCUCUUCUAGGAGGAGGUCCGCGAAGCAGCGAGGACAACAUUCCCGAUGACUUCAAGUUCGGAGGGUCGGUGGCGGAAGCCUCGAUUGAUAUCCGGAUGGCGUUUGUGAGGAAGGUCUAUGCGAUUCUCUCCGUACAACUCAUUGCUACUGCGGUCUUGAGCUCUGUUUCUUUCUUCAGCGAGGCGUACAAAGGGUGGAUCCAGAGUAACCAGUGGAUGAUGUGGUGUUCGUUGCUUGGUGCUAUCGGUUUCAUGCUCUUGACUUACUGGAAACGCAAGUCUUAUCCUAUGAACCUUCUCUUCUUGGGUGGAUUCACGGCAUUCGAGGCAUAUUCAGUAUCCGUCAUCGUCUCAUUCUAUCAAUCCCGGAUCGUUCUCCAGGCUGUUCUCUUGACAGCCGGAAUCUUCGUCGCCCUCACUCUCUUCGCAUGCCAGACCAAGUAUGACUUCACAUCAUGGAUGCCAUACCUGUUUGGCGCACUGUGGUUCUUGAUCCUUUUUGGAUUUAUGGCUGCCUUCCUUCCCCAUAACAGUACCACAGAGCUGGCUUAUUCGGGAAUUGGAGCUCUGAUAUUCUCGGGGUAUAUAUUGGUUGAUACCCAGCUCAUCAUGAGACAUUACCAUGUGGAGGAGGAGAUUGCGGCUGCGAUCUCUCUUUACCUAGAUGUUAUCAACUUGUUCCUCAACAUUCUGAGGAUCCUUAAUAGCCAGCAGAAUAACUAA